CUCCAGCCUUGUGUGUGUGUGUGUGUAUUAUUGUAGAGGACUGAACGCUUGGGCUGCUGGGAAGAAAGGAAAACAGGAAUCAGUCUGUGUCUAUGGAGCCAUGAAGCAGACCCUCUUGGCAUCUUUGAAACCCCCCUCAGUGUAACCAGGCUCUGUCGUAAUGAUCUUGGAUCUCAAGUGGCACCCUGAACAUGGAUGACAAAUCCAACAAAUUGCUGCUGGCCCUGGUGAUGGUAUUUCUCUUUGCAGUGAUUGUCUUGCAGUAUGUGUGCCCAGGCACUGAAUGCCAGCUGCUAAGGUUGCAAGCCUUCAGCUCCUCACUGGUGGACCCCUACAGGGCUGAAGAUGAGAGCCCGGCCAAAUUCAUCCCCAAAUUCAAUUUCACCCUGGACGACUUGCUGAGAAAGGUAGAUUUUAACAUCAAGGGGGAUGAUCUGAUUGUCUUCCUCCACAUCCAGAAGACUGGGGGGACCACUUUUGGACGCCACCUGGUCAGGAACAUCCAGCUGGAGCAGCCUUGUGAGUGCAAAGCUGGUCAGAAGAAGUGCACUUGUCACAGACCAGGCAAGAAGGAGACCUGGCUGUUCUCUAGGUUCUCUACUGGAUGGAGUUGUGGGCUGCAUGCAGACUGGACAGAGCUGACCAACUGUGUCCCCGCAGUGGUCGACAACAAGAAGGAGAUCAAGCUGAGACCCCUAAGGAAUUUUUACUAUAUCACCAUCCUCCGUGAUCCUGUAUCUCGAUACUUGAGUGAGUGGAGACAUGUCCAAAGAGGUGCGACCUGGAAAGCCUCUCUACAUGUUUGUGAUGGAAGAUCUCCAACCUCUGAUGAGCUUCCUAGUUGUUAUACUGGAGAUGACUGGUCUGGCUGCUCCCUGAAGGAAUUCAUGGAUUGUCCUUAUAACUUGGCCAACAACAGACAAGUCCGUAUGCUGUCUGACCUCAGCCUGGUUGGUUGUUAUAAUUUAUCAGUGAUGCCAGAGGAUCAGAGGAACAAGGUUCUCCUAGACAGUGCUAAAGAAAACCUUAAACGUAUGGCUUUCUUUGGGCUUACAGAAUUCCAAAGGAAGACGCAGUAUCUCUUUGAGAAGACUUUCAACAUGAACUUUAUCUCACCAUUUACUCAGUUCAACAGCACAAGGGCAUCCAGUGUAGAGAUUGAUGACCAGACGCAGAAGCACAUUGAAACACUGAAUUUUUUAGACAUGGAAUUGUAUGAAUAUGCAAAAGACCUUUUCUUACAAAGAUAUCAAUUUAUGAGACAAAAAGAACACCAGGAAGCAAGACGGAAGCGUCAGGAGCAACGCAAAAUUCUCCGAGCUAAACAUGCAAACCACAAAGCAGAAAUAGAUAAUUCAACUGCUGAUUACAUUGGGAAUGUAGAAAAAUGGCGGUAGUAGAUUCUUAGAUUUUAACCUACUAGGUUAACUGUACCAUGACAAUUUAAAGAUUAUGAGAAACCAUUAUAGAUGGCUUAAUCCAAAAGAAUUAAGCUUCAUGUACAGUUUGGAGCAGGAGAUGUCGAUCAGUUGCCUUUGCAGAUGCCUUUGCAUUUAAUGUAAUUAUUGUAUAUGGAUAAAAUUUGAAUCUUGAUGUGAUUUAGUUGUGUCUUACAAUAACAACAAAUGUCUCAUUUUAUAGACAUGCUUAUUAGUUGACAACAGCAGUCAGACGUCGACCAAUCAGAACGCCUCAUUUAUUUAACUCCACAUCCUGUUUUGUGUAAAGAAAGACAUCUGUGUUUUGGAACAAAAUAUCAUGUUAUCGUCUUCAGAUUUUUCAACCUGCUUUCUUCAUGAGAGUGAUACCUGUAAGCGUUUUAAUGUCAAGUAGCAGGGUUAUCUUAAUUUUCCUUGUUUUGAAUCUUGAGAACCCUGCAUUUCAUACGCCCUAUUUUAUAAAUUUAGUAUUCGGAUCCCUUACUGGCAAUUUUAAAUAUUAAAACCUGUCUCUGAAAUGGAAAUUGUCAAUUUUAAUCAGGGUCUCCUUCUGUGUGUGUCUUUGCUGUCGGGAGGGAUAGUUUUCCGUAACCCACACUUCGGACAUAAAAGGUU